AUGCGACUAAAAAACAAAACAAGUAUAUGCGAAAUACAAAUUCGAAGGCUUCAAUUUGGGGUGGAAUGUCCCCAUGACGAGCGCUCUGCACCAAAAAAGCCUGCUCUUCCCAAAAAGUUGUCGUCACCUAAAGGCAGACACGCGGCAAUAAUAGCUGAGUUAAGCGCUAUCCAGAUAUGCCAGGACCAAAUAUUGGCGAAACUGGAUAGCGUCGAGACCCGUCAACUGGGCGUUGCUGGCCAAGUAGCUGACAUACAAAGUGCCAUUUUCGAUAAGAUGCCGGAACGUGGUGAGAUGCAAGCGCAAAGUAAGCUGUUGCGCGAAUGCAAAGUGCUGACAGCUAGGGUUCAACAGUCUGUCAGUCGCAUCACCGGGGACGCGGAAAGCGAGGAAUCCAUGGAACUUGCUGCCAUGUUUCCCGUAUUAUCGGUGGAGCAAGUGCAGGCUGUUGAAGCCAAGCUGAUAAAUAAAGCUUACGCCGACGCAAUGGUAACAUAA